UCGGUAGAGCGUGGCCAUAAGGCUCGGUUCCAGUCUCUCGUGCCACCAUCGACAAGCAAGGUGGACUCCAUCCUGAACCCCGUUCACCAAGUUCGAUUCCAAGAUGGACCCCUUGACGAUGUCCCUGACCUUCCUGGUGGGAUGUCUAGGCAUCUUCUACUACUUCCGGUACUCCUUCGGCCACUUCAAGAGACUGGGUCUCCCGAGUGCCUCGGCAGUGCCCAUCCUCGGCAGCAUGUGGCCCUUCGUGUUCAGGUUGACCCCCGUGGUCGACUUGCUCGUCGACGCCUACAACAAGUACCCAGAGAUGAAGUACAUCGGCUUCUACGACUUCAGCAGCCCCGUCUUCGUGAUAAAGGACCUGGAGGUAAUAAAGUCUAUCGCCGUGAAGAACUUCGACAGCUUCCCCAACCACAUGCCCGUGGUCGACCCGGAGUUGGACGAAAUCUUCGCGAACAACCUCUUCUCCCUUCAGGACGAUAAGUGGAGGCAGAUGAGGAACCUCCUGACCCCGGCGUUCACCUCCAGCAAGAUGAAGUACAUGUUCAAGCUGAUGUCGAAAUGCGCCGCCAAGUUCGCGGACCACAUCGCCUUGGAGCAGAAGGACAAGCCUGGGAACAAGGAAGUGGACAUGAAGACGAUCCUGACGAAGUACACGAACGACGUCAUAGCGACCUGCGCGUUCGGAAUAGACGUGGACACGAUGAAGGACCCGAAGAAUGAUUUUUACGUCCUGGGGAGGAAGGCCACGAAUUUUGACGCGCUGAUGUCGGCGAAGUUCUUCCUUAUGAGGAUCGCUCCUUGGUUGUGCAAGUUGUUGGACGUGAAGCUGAUGGACGAACGGGUGAAAAAGUUCUUCACCUCCGUGGUGGGGUCCACGGUGGCCACGAGGGACGAGAAGGGCAUCACCAGGCCCGACAUGAUCCAGCUGAUGAUGGAAGCCAGGGACAAGAACGAGGACCUGGACAUCAGGCAGAUGACCUCGCAGGCCUUCAUCUUCUUCUUCGGCGGCUUCGACACGUCCUCGUCGGUGAUGUGCUUCGCCGCCCACGAGAUCGCCGUCAACCCUGAAGUCCACGAAAGACUGCAGGCCGAGGUCGACGAGGUGUUUAAGGAGAGUCAUGGGGACCCCACCUACGAGGCGAUCAACUCCAUGGAGUACCUGUCCGCGGUGUUGAACGAGACGCUCAGGGUGUACCCGGUGGCUCCCAUGGUGGACAGGGUCUGCGUCAAGGAGUUCGAACUUCCCCCAGCUACACCGGGGAUGAAACCGGUGACCCUGUACCCUGGGUCGAGGGUCUGGUUCCCGGUUUAUGCCAUCCAGAGGGAUCCCAAGUACUACCCGAACCCUGGAAAGUUCGACCCGGAGAGGUUCCUCGGCGAGGACAAGCUGAACGUCAACAACUCCACCGUGUACCUUCCUUUCGGUCUAGGUCCCAGGAUGUGCAUCGGCAACAGGUUCGCCCUGCUCGAGUGCAAAGUCCUGCUUUUCCACCUGCUGGCCAGGUGCAACCUGAAGCCCAGCUCGAAGACGUGCAUCCCCAUGGAGUUCAGUGCCAAGGCCUUCGCCAUGCUCCCGAGAACGGGAUUCUGGCUGAACCUGGAGCCCAGGAGAAAGACGUACCUGUCUCCUGACUCCCAGUCCCACUCAUAGGUUUCCCUAAUUAAACGCUUUAUCGUCCUCUGAUAAUAAAUAUAAGAUUAAGAAUUUAA